AGGCUGCAGAUGUCAAGCAGUAGAAGAGGAGAGAAAGGGAAGUCUGAAUCCUUUCAGAGCAAAUUAGCUUGAGCUGCUGCACAGUGAAAGCUAACAACAACCCUGUUAGAUUCUACCCUUCUGAUCCAGACACCACGAAAGGUAUAAUAUCACAAUGAAGAUUGCAGUGUUUUGUUUGUGCUUCAUCAGCAUUGCCUUUGCAUUACCAGUGAGUAAAUCAAAGCGUCAUGCCAUCUCAGAGAGCUCUGAAGAAAACCAUGAUUCCGGGAGCCAUCAUUCUCACAGACAUCACCACCAGCAGGUGCAUACACAAUCACGUAUGAGACCAGCACAAACACAAGAACUUCUGGUGCCACCUCAGCAGAGCCAUUUUUCUUCAGAAGAAAGUGUUGAGGACACGGUGCAGCAGAGCCUUCCCAAACGAGCAAGUGUAAGUAACGAAGAUGACGGUGAUCAUGAUGAUAAUGAUUCCAAUGACACGGAUGAAUCAGAUGAGGAUAUUGUCACCUAUUUUCCCACUGAAGCCCCAGUAACUACGCCUUUAACUCCUGCCGUCCCCACAAGAGGAGAUAAUUCAGGCAGAGGAGACAGUGUGGCCUAUAGAAUGAGGGCAAAAGCAAAGCUGGUAGACGUAUACCAUAAGGACAAGUCUAGCAAGCUCUACAAAGCUUUGGGAAAGUUCAUCGUACAUGAUGUCACAGAGGAGGAUGACAGCACACCAGACGCAGAAAGCCAGCAGGUGGAUUCCUCCAAAGCCCCAUGUGCUGCAUGCCGCUUUCCAGGGAAAUUUGACAUGAGCGUGGAACUGGAUGACAGAAGUAACAUUCAGGACAGAAAUGAAGUCAACAGAAGGUCACAUGAUAAGAGCAUGGAAAAUGACAGCCAACAGCAGCUUGACAGUGUGGAGGCAGACAGCGACAACAGCAAACCUGAUGUCACAGAAGACAGUCACAUGAGCAAUGAAAGCACAGAACAGCAGCAGGCCCAAACUGAGGACCUGCAGCAGGUUGAUGUUGUCGCUGAAGUCAAUGACAGCCGUCAAACUGCUGAGAGCACUGAAGACACUCAAGACCAUAGCAGCAUUGAAGACAAUGAAGUCAUUCUUUAAAACAGAAAAAAAAAAAUCAUUUUUUUUUUUUUAGUUAAGAGGAAACAUUCAUUUCAAGAAUUGUUUGCAAAUGUAAACACAUUGUGAUUUUGAUCUCUAGCUGUAGCAGUGGUUAGUGGCAACUUUAUUAACCAGGCAAACUCAAGUAUGUUGUAUUAGCUCUCCUUUCCAUUACAGAAAUGUAAGCCCUCCUACUGCGUAUUUUACUGUGCUUCUGUUAUGUGAUUCUGUUAUGUGUUUGUGAUUCUGUUAUGAAGAGAAAUAUAGAGAAGCAAGAGAAAUAUAGUUUUACACACAGAGCAAAUGUUACCUGUUAUGAUACUGUAUUUUAAUGGUUUUAGAAUUCCAGUGUAUAUUUUGUUGUAUUUUGUGAGUUCAAUAAAACUACAAAACCCUGUA